AUGACGCCUAAGAGGGUUCCGUAUGAGACUGUGAUCUGUGGUGUUGAGGAGGCUAUAGCGCGUAACAAGGUGCCGUCGUGCGACGCGGAAGAGUUAAGACAGGAUGUUGCCGUUAUUCUAAGGAAAGCCAAACUUCCAAAGAGUAAUACCACUGCGGAGGAGCGAUCAGCCCUUAGGGAUCUAAAGGAAAAUGAGGACAUCCUGGUUCUUAAGGCUGACAAGGGAAACGCCACUGUAGUGAUGGACUCAACGGAUUAUGACAGCAAAAUACGGCACUUACUGGAUGACAGUCUCGUAUACAAGCCUGUUUCGUACAACCCUACGGCUAGGGUCUCUCGUCGCAUUAGGGCUGUCAUCAAAGACAACAGGGAGUUGUUCGAAGAAGACGUGUUCGAUCGGUUGUACAAACCCAAGAUCGUACUGCCACCUAAACUGUACGGAUUGCCAAAAGUACAUAAAAGGAAUGUGCCUUUGCGGCCUAUCGUGAGUCAAAUCUCUUCUCCCACUUACGAUCUUGCAAAGCAUGUUGCGUCGGUGUUGCAGCCGCUUGUGGGUAGUACGUCGUCUUUUGUGAAGGACUCUCGUCACUUUAUAGAUAUUCUCAAGGGAAUAACGCUGGAACCAGAUGAGGUAAUGGUGAGCUUUGACGUUGAGUCGCUCUUCACCAAUGUUCCCGUUAAAGAAUGUCUAGAAGUAGUCAGAAGGAAACUGAGCGAUGAGGGUAUAUCGGAGUCAGUAAUGGUGUUGCUGAGGAACUGCUUGGAAGGAAGCUACUUUUUGUAUUGUGGAAAGCAUUACCUCCAGAUUGAUGGGGUAGCCAUGGGUAGCCCUGUAGCACCGGUUUUGGCAAAUAUCUGGAUGGAGCAUAUCGAAGCCAGUAUAAACUUGCAGCCUUGGGCGGUGAAGUUGUGGAAGCGCUAUGUGGAUGAUGUUUUCUGUAUUAUGAAGGGUGGGAAGCAGGAGGUGGAGCAACUACUCCGAUAUCUAAAUUCAAUUCAUCCGAAGACGAAGUUCACGUAUGAAUUGGAAUCACAGCGCAAGUCAAGCUUGAGCGAGCGAGAGUGCUUUAGUGCCGAGGAGUCGGCCGCGGCGAGCGACGACGACUGCAUAUUGCUUGAAUUAGAAACCGCCGCUGGAGCGAGGACGGAGCCGGUGCUGAUUGUGUCCGCCCGCGCGCGGGAACAGCUCGCGCAGGCUUGCUGCGUGAGGCUCGAGCGCCUCCGCGACUCAUUGCGCGCGAGCCAGCCGUGUCCCGCGACACCACACCGCGAGCCGAGCCCCGCCAGCAGUGUGCAGAACGCGCCUGCACACACACCCGCCGUCAGCGCCGACCCACAACCCUACACCUGCGACACUUGCCAGACACACUUCACAGACAAGUCUACAUUAAUCACACAUAUACAGAACCACUUCACACGAACAGACGAGAGUGAAAAUCGUUUGGUUAUACAUGAUGGAAAGAAACCAUAUGUAUGUAAAGUUUGUAACAAGCGGUUUAGACUAAACCAGUAUUUAAAAAAACAUUUGGCACUUCACAGUGGAGUGAAGCCAUACGUAUGUAAGGUUUGUAACAAGCGAUUCACAACAAAACAGGCAUUCCAAUACCAUGAGUAUAGUCACAGUGGAGUGAAACCAUACGCGUGUAAGGUUUGUAACAAGCGGUUUGUACGGAAAGGGGGUUUAAAAUACCAUGAGAAAACUCAUAGUGGAGUCAAACCAUACAAAUGUAGAGAAUGUAAUAUUCUAUUUACAGCAAAAUGUAGUUUAGAUCGUCAUGAGAGAACAUUACACAGUGGAGUGAAGCCAUACGUAUGCAAGAUUUGUAGCAAGCGAUUCACAACAAAACAAUCAUUACAUUUCCAUGCGUAUGAUCACAUUUUAGUGAAGCCAUACCCAUACGUAUGUAAGGUUUGUAACCAGCGGUUUGGACAAAUAGGGAAUUUAAAAGCUCAUGAGACUACUCACAGUGAAGUCAAACCUUACUCAUGUAAAACGUGUAACAAGCAAUUUGGACGAAAAUACCACUUACAAAUACAUAAAAGAAUCCACAGUGGAGUCAAACCAUACAAAUGUAGAGAAUGUAACAUGUCAUUUGCAGAAAAAAAUAGUUUAGAUCGUCAUCAGGGAACAUUACACAGGGGAUUGAAGCCAUACAUAUGUAAGGUUUGUAACAAGCGGUUUGCACAGAGAGGGGGCUUAAAUUACCAUGAGCAAACUCACAGUGGAGUCAAACCAUAUAAAUGUAGUGAAUGUAACAAGCUAUUUGCAGCAAAAAGUAGUUUAAAUCGUCAUGAGAGAAUACACAGUAGAGUGAAACCAUACAGUUGUGAGGAAUGUAAUGAAGGAUUUACAAGCAAAGUUCAUAUAGAUGCACACAGAAGAAGAGCCCACAAUGGUACCACGUCAUACAAAGGUUUAGACUGGAACAUGCAUUUGACACAAAAGGGGACUUUAGAAAAUCAUAUAAUAACUCAACAGGGCUAUGUCGAAAGUAAGAAACAUUUAAAUGAAAAGAGUUCAGAUGCGCAUGUUGGAUUGAAGCCGUACAGUUGUGAGGAAUGUAACAACAAGUUUACAUCAAACAGUGAGUUAGAGAGACAUAAAAGAAUCCACACCGGCGAGGAGUCGUACGAGUGCGAGAUAUGUGAAUCUAUCUUUUUUGAUGAAGACAGUUUAAUAACACAUCUUAUUACUCACACAACCAAAAUAGUAAAGUCUUGAUACAUUGGUUCUUUAAGUCAUUAGACUGUACUUUUUGUUUACUAAUGGAAUAGACAAUAGUAUUUUUUCUGUAAGAUCGUA